AUGUCGCAUUUUGCAGUAGGAGAAGGAGGUUCCAGGCUUCAGGAGGAGAACAAAGCUGCUUUCAGAGCUGUGGAGCGGCUUGUGGAGGACAUGAUCCAGGAGUCCAUGGCACGAGGAGACUUUAGAAACUUGAGUGGAGCUGGAAAGCCCCUCAAUAAGUUUGAGUACAAUCCAUACGCUGAUCCUAUGACCCACAACCUCAACCUCAUCCUCUUCGACAACGGUUACCAGCCAUCCUGGGUCGUCACACAACGCGACAUCCGAGAGACCAUCGCAGAGAUCCGAAAUGAGUUAUUGGAGGAGAGAGCCAGGCUUGGUGACCCAUUGGCUCCUAAAGAGCAAAGCAAAUGGGAGCAGCUGUGUGAAUCCGCAGAGGGGGAUUUAGUGAAACUUAAAAAGACGGUGGACAAUUACAACCUCAUUGUUCCGAUGCUCAAUAUGCAAAUGGUUCACUUCAGUUUAUCACGAGAGAUUGACCGAGCUGUGAAAGGAGCACACCAACACAGACUGGACCAGCAGAGAGAGAGAGAGAAAAGGAGCGAGAGAGGUGGAAGGAAGAGAAAAAAAGAUCCAAAGCAGUAACUAAACCUCAAAACACAAAACAAGGCCUGCUGUGUUGGAUGAGGAACUUUUCUCAGAUUAAAAUACUAAAACUCUGAAUCAAACUAAACAGAAAAUAUAUGUCAAAUCAAUAGGGGUAAUAUUUUAGAGACACUUACAGUAUAUGCAAUCAGAAACGAUUCUGUCACCAAUUUAUUUCUGUGUCACUGCUGUUGUGCAGAUAUGCUGGAUUGUCAUCAGGUGCUAUUGGCAAAGCAGUAUUGAGCGAUCAUGGGUAUGUGACUGUAAAAUGUGAGGAUCUGCAUGUGUUGAUAAAGAACAUGAGGUACAUUCUAUGAAAUUACUAAUCUGAAAAAACACACCUAACACUUUAAAUUGUGGUGCUAUGUGACAUUAAAAGUUAAGGUGAUCAAAAAUCUAGUGUUACAGUGUAUUAGAUGUUUAACUGUGGGAAGUGUUUAAAUAG